CGUGUAUGUGAUGGUACUCUGUAUCCCAGCAUCCAUCGCGGCACCGCCCCUGGUUAGCUCACUGACUGUCAGAGGGGAGGCCUUUCUGCGUCUAGCCACAUCAAAAACUUGAACACCGUGCGCAUAUUUUGUGGCCUUGUCUAGUGUUACAAUGGAGCCAUCGGGAAGUACUACAAUAGCUGCAUCAAGCAAACACACCCUGAACUCAACAGGUGGUGGUGGUUGUCCAUGGGAGGUCAGCGAUAAGACCAGACUGUGCCGCUUCCUCUGCUAUGGCUCGGAGGGAGACAUAUACACGGCCAGGGAUGAGGGUCGUGUCAGCAUGGAGAGUGCCGGAGCCCUCCUCGUCCUGCUGCAAGAGGGCCGGGGUCCUGAGGUGGUGGAGGAGAUAAAAAGGUUCACUCAGGAUGGGAGAGCUGUCAGACUCGGCCCCUCUUUCUUCGCCUUGGCUUUGUGCUCUCAGCACUCUGAGCUGAAGACAAGACAGGCGGCAUUCAAAGCACUAAAGGAAGUUUGUCGGCACCCUGCCCAUCUGUUUUCCCUCAUCCAGUACAAGAAGGAAUUGAAAGAGGGCAUGAAGUGUGGGAUUUGGGGACGUGCCCUGAGGAAAGCAGUGUCCGACUGGUAUAAUGAGCAAGAUGCCAUGAGUCUGGCUGCGGCUGUGACCAAAUGUAAACAGAGAGAGGGAUGGUCGCACCAGGAUCUGCUCAGGCUCUCUCAUACCAAACCAACUAAUGAAGUUAUUGCCUUGAUCAGCAAAUAUGUAACAAAAGGAUGGAAAGAAGUCCAGGUUGCUUACGCGGACAAAGAGAACUCCGAAGAGGUUAUCAAAGUGCUCUCGUAUCUUGAAGUGGUGGAGAAGGUCAAGCACAGUUGUGAUGAAACAGAGGUCAUCAAUUUAAUAGAAGAACACAAACUGGAGAGGGAACAGCUGCUUACAGACCACCUCAAGUCUAAACAGGUAUGGAGAGCACUGCUAAAGGAAAUGCCUCUCCAAUCAGUGCUGAGGAUCUUGGGUAAGAUGACGUCAAACAAAAUUCUUGAACCAGGAGGCUCGGAAACACAAGCAGUAUGUGACCGAAUCCAGAGCGAGACGGCACUAGAGAAUGCAAAGAUCCACCCUUUCAGUUUACUCUUGGCUUCAGAAAACUACAAAAGAGGCCAAGGCUACCAGGGUAAAACAAAAUGGGAACCAGACAGCAGCAUCCUCAAAGCAAUGGACUCUGCCUUUUAUAAGAGUUUUAUGAAUGUGGAACCUGUGGGUAAACGCUUUGUAGUCGCAGUAGAUGUGAGCACAUCACUGAGCAGCGUCGUGCCGGGGACGUCAAUCAGCACUGCUGUCGCUGCUGCGGCCAUUACCAUGAUAUUUGCAAGGACAGAGGUGGACACACAAGUUCUGGCCUACUCUGAAGGAGCUUUGUUUCCAUGCACUGUGUCUGCUGACAUGAAUCUCGCACAAGUAACAGUUGAACUGGUUAAGAUCCCGGGUGGGAGCACAGACUUCACCCUUCCCAUCACAUGGGCCACAGAAAAUGGGAAAGCUAUAGAUGUGUUCAUUAUUCUGACCAACAACCCAUUGUGGACGUUUACUGCCAGCCCAGCGGAGUCUCUACAGAAGCACAGACAAAUUUCAGGAGCCAAUUCUAAGUUGGUGAUGUGUGGGCUGACAUCCAUUGGACACACCAUCGCAGACACAGAAGACAGGGGUUUACUGAGCAUCUGCGGCUUCGACCUUGGAGCGUUGUGCGUCAUUCGUAACCUAGCCCAGGAUCUGAUCUGAUAAAGUAUUGGGACUUUCUCUUGACAUCAUGUGGUUAGAGUAUAAAAAGAAGGCACAAAGUGGACCAACGUUGGCUCACUUAGCAUGUAGAGUGCCCUUAAACAGCACUAAUCCAAAAGAUGUUGACAUUUACAAUUCCAAUUUCUCUUUUUGUAUUAUGUCACUUACAAGUCAACUGACAAAGUGUCCAGCGGGCUGGACAACACUAUGGAAAUGUUGUGUGCAUAUAUUUUUUCUGAAAUUUGAAAAGGAGGUGAAAAGACAUGAUACGUCACUGUACAUCAUGCUGUCAAGAGUUAAAGUGCAAAUAGCACUCCAUAUGACAGUCUGUUUAGUGGUUUGAUGGUUGUUAGUGAGACACUAACCCUUUUACUAAUACAAUCCACUCAUUUAUAGUGAUAUAUGGACUGAACAAGAGGAAAAGUGUAAGAGUCAGAAUGUUACUUAGUGCUUACUGCAACUGUAGUUUGAUUUUAGGGGAUUGACUAGUUUCUAGUAUGUAUCUAUCUGGGAUGAUUUUAGCAGGUUUGAUGUGAUGGUAGAGGCGAUUUAAAUUUGAAAACCUGUCCCUCUCUUAUGCAGCAUUAUUUUAAGUUAUUAACAGAUAUUAAAGAGAUGUAUUGAAACCAAGCACCAAAAGUCAAAAGAAUACUUUCAAGGUUUUCUGGCUAUUCUGUAAAAUUCUUUGAUUUAAUUGACCAGAGAAGAUUUUUGUAAUAGUAAUAUUAAUGCCUAGAAUUCUUUUUACGCAACUCUUGUUGUUUAAAAGUUUUUAAUUGUUGUAUUAACAUUGGUUUUCCCUUGAGAAAAUUUUUAUUUUAAAACUGAGUUGUCUGCUCUGCUCUUGUUGAAUUUAUUCCAUAAAAGAAUACCCAUAGUGCUCUUAAAUAUCAUGAUACAGUUUUUGGUGGGAUUGUUUGGGUUGUGGGUUCUUGUAUUUUCCUGUGUGAAACGAUGCCAAUGUUUGGGACUGUAAGUCAGUUUACUGAAAGUUGGAGAAAUUGACUUUUUCUCAUAUUGUAGUCUGAAUUCUAUGCAUCACAAUUGGGAUUUUACUGUAUUAUUGUGUCCAGGAAGGACAAAUUAUAGCUAUUUAACAACUGUUUACCGAGACUGAAUCUGCUAGCACAUUAAUGAUCCUGUAUUUUUGAUGUAAGAAUGUUCGUUAUGCAAAGACUUACAGAUAAUUGCUACCUUCCUGGACUUAAAGGAAUUGAAUGUACUUUUGUAAAACAUGUAACAGUAGAGAUUUAAAGUAUAAUGCUUUAUAUUUCUUCAGACACAGAAUUAACACACACUACUUACAGAGUUUUAGUGUUAGGGGCCAAUUCAUUUUGGGGAAAUGCAAGCAAACAGCUAUAGUGGUGCUUCUCAUUUUAGUUAGUUUAAACAGUAAUUGCUGUGAGUACUGACAGCAUUCACUAAACUUGACACUUAUUCAUUGUAGUGCAAUUCACUCUUUAUGAAGAAAAAUAAACUGACCAUGUUACUGUGAAGGAUUUUUGUCCACACAUGCUGAUACUGUCAUUUUCAAUGUUAAGACAAUGUCCGCUGUCUUUUUGGCCAAAGGUCAAAAUGCUACAAAGCUGAAAUAUUUGUGUAAUAUGAUUAUUGAUACAACAUUUGUAGUUGAAAGUCUGGCACAAUAGAUAGUUGUAAUGAAGUUUGGUAGUUCACAGGUGGUCAUAACCAUGGUUAACCUUUUCCCAUCCCAUGGUGUGUUGUAUCCAUUUUCCUUAACAAAUAAGUAUUUGACUGUAGUAGCAAUGUAAACCCCUAAUAAACAGUUUGCUGCUCUUCAAAUA